AUCUAACAGUUUCUCUGGCCUUAUUUCUAUAAAAAGGCCUUAUUUCUUCAUUUAUUCUUCACUUUUUUAAAUCACCUUCUAAGAUAUCAUAGAUUUUCCCUGAUGACAAGAAGCACUGCUAUGUAUUUUUGUUUGAUCUUCAAGCUUUUCUUUCUCAGCCUUUUCUUUAGUACAUUGCUCGCUUCUAGCUUGGAUUCCGACGAUGACAAAAAGAUUUAUAUAGUAUACAUGGGGAGGAAGAUAAAGGACGACCCUGAUUCCGCUCAUUUACAUCACAGUUCAUUCCCUUUUGCUCCAGAAUCUGUGGUCUAUAUGUACAAGAGAAGUUUCAAUGGAUUCGCAGUGAAACUCACUAAAGAAGAAGCUGAAAAGAUUGCCAGUAUGGAGGGUGUGGUAUCUGUGUUCCCAAAUAAAAUAAACAAACUUCAUACGACAAGAUCAUGGGAUUUUAUGAAUUUUCCAAAAAAUGUUCCUCGGGUAAAACAAGUGGAAAGUAACAUAGUUGUUGGAGUUUUUGACACUGGAAUCUGGCCUGAGUCUCCCAGUUUCAAUGAUAAAGGUUUUGGUCCUCCACCAUCUAAAUGGAAGGGCACAUGCCUAGUAUUCAACUUCACUUGCAACAGAAAAAUUAUUGGAGCACGAGCAUACCACAUUGGUCGUCCCCUUCCCCGUGGUGAGGUGGAAAGUCCAAGAGAUACAAAUGGCCAUGGAACGCACACUGCGUCGACAGCGGCUGGCGGUCUAGUGAGCAAGGCAAGUUUGUACGGUCUCGGACUCGGUACGGCAAGAGGAGGUGUUCCCUCAGCGCGCAUCGCUGCAUACAAGAUAUGUUGGAGUGAUAGUUGCUCGGAUCUGGACAUUCUUGCAGCAUUUGACGAUGCCAUUGCUGAUGGUGUCGAUAUUAUAUCUUUAUCAGUGGGUGGGAAUGAAUCACGACAAUAUUUUCGAGAUCCCAUUGCCAUUGGAUCUUUCCACGCAAUGCAAAAAGGAAUAUUGACAUCCAAUUCUGCCGGAAAUGACGGUCCCAGAUACUUCACCACCACAAGUUUGUCUCCCUGGCUUCUUUCUGUUGCUGCAAGCACCACCGACAGAAAGUUUGUCACAAAAGUGCAAAUUGGCAACAAAAAUAGCUUUCAGGGAGUUUCGAUUAACACAUUUGAUACGAAGGGUCAGUAUCCCCUUGUUGCUGGACGUGAUAUACCCAAUAAAGGUUUCCAUAACUCGACCUCGAGAUACUGCUUUAACAACUCGGUGGAUCCCAAGUUGGUGAAGGGAAAAAUCGUCUUUUGUGAAACGAAUGUUGAUAGUAGUGAGUUCAUUAGCUUAGGUGGCGCAAUGGGUGUCCUCGGGAAAGGAGAUAAAAAUACGAUGGAUUGUGAAUUCUCCUAUCCCUUGCCUUCUUCAACUCUCGACGUAGACGAUGCCACUAUCAUAUCUCAUUACAUUGAUAAUACUCGCUUUCCUACUGCAACCAUUUUCAAGAGUACUGCAACGCAUAAUGCGCCUUCUCCUGUUGUAGUUUCUUUCUCAUCAAGGGGACCUAAUGCUGCAACCAAAGACCUUAUAAAGCCUGAUUUGAGUGCUCCUGGAGUUGAAAUUCUAGCAGCAUGGCCUCCAGUUGCCCCUGUUGGUGGAAUUCUUAGAGAUACACUUUAUAAUAUAAUCUCAGGGACCUCAAUGUCUUGCCCACAUGUCACUGGAAUUGCAGCGUAUGUUAAAACAUUCAAUCCUACAUGGUCUCCUGCUGCAAUCAAGUCAGCACUCAUGACGACUGCUUCGCCCAUGAAUUCUCAGUUCAAUCCACAGGCAGAGUUUGCAUAUGGCUCAGGCCAUGUGAACCCACUAAAGGCAUUAACACCUGGGUUGGUGUAUGAUGCAAAUGAAACCGACUACGUCAAAUUCUUGUGUGGUCAAGGUUACACCACCGACUUGGUUCGAAUUAUCACUAAUGACAAUAGUGUUUGUAUUUCUACAAAUACUGGUAGAGUAUGGGAUUUAAACUAUCCUUCUUUUGGACUUUCUGUAUCUCAUUCGAAAACCUUCAAUCAAUACUUCACCAGAACUCUCACGAGCGUCGCGUCUGGAGCAUCAACAUAUAAAGCUAUGAUUUCUGCCCCGAAAGGCCUUGCCAUCACAGUGAAACCUAAGGUUCUAUCAUUCAAUGGCACUGGAGAUAUGAAAUCAUUUAAAUUGACAGUUCGAGGAACAAUGAGAGAGUCCAUAGUUUCUGCUUCUUUGAUAUGGAGCGAUAGUGUACACACUGUGAGAAGCCCCAUAACAAUCACUUCUCUCUAGUUUAAUUUAUCCUUGAAAUUAAAAAUAAAAAAAAAAGGUUUAAAAUAAAGAAAGGAAAGUAUUCCCUUUGCUUC